AUGCUUGGUGAUUUUAAUGAAGUGUUGAGUAGUGAAGAGAAACUUGGAGGGAAUCAGAUAAACCUAAAUAGGGCAUUGGAAUUUAUAGAAUGUCUAGAUAAUUGUAACUUUUUGGAUUUGGGCUUUGCUGGCCCAAAGUUUACUUGGACUAAUAAGAAGACUGUCACAAGCCUCAUUCUUGAAAGGCUUGAUAGAUGUUUUGCCAACCCUAGUUGGAGAAUGCUAUAUCCUGAAGCUAUUGUUACUCAUCUCCUCAGGACUUUUUCGGAUCAUUGUCCAGUUUUAAUUGAACUAUUGGAUACUAGAACAAAUGCCACAAAUAAACCCUUUCGGUUUCAUACCAUGUGGUUACUGCACCCCCAAUUCCCGAAGGUGGUUGAGGAAGCUUGGUUUGGAGAUAGGUCCCUCUCUUCAGCCAUUUUUGAUUUUACUAGUAAAGUGAAGAAGUGGAAUACUGAAGUAUUUGGGAAUUUGUUUGCAAGGAAAAGAAGGGUGCUAGCCAGAUUGGGUGGAGUUCAAAAAGCUAUUGCUUGUAAUCCAAGUGAAGCCCUUCUCAGGUAG